AUGAGUCUCAGUUGUUUAACCUGCAAGAUAUCGAGGACAGAUUCAACAAACGAGAACAAGGUCAAAAAAGGUUCGCAUCGCACGUGUAAUAGUGGUCCAAUUGAAUUCCCUACAGAGACACCCAAGUUAGUCAGGAGCCCAGGAAUCAGAAGGGAUUGGAGUUUUGAAGAUCUGCAACGUCAAAUAGUACGUUAACGUUUCA